GUUAAUACCAAAACCCUUACACUGACUUCUGCGCAAUUUUGGAGGCCGGAGCAACAGGAGAGGUGAGUUUUGCGCGCUGCUAAAGGGAAAAAAAAAAGGAGAGAGAAAAUGGAGCGUCGACCAUCUAUUACUGUUAAGGAUGUUUCACCCCAUGAUUUUGUUAAGGCCUAUGCUGCUCACCUCAAGCGUUCUGGCAAGAUUGAGCUCCCCCCUUGGACCGACAUUGUCAAGACUGGUGUUCUGAAGGAACUUGCCCCUUAUGACCCUGAUUGGUACUACAUUAGGGCUGCUUCAAUGGCAAGGAAGAUCUACUUGAGAGGUGGUCUUGGUGUUGGUGCUUUCCGUAGAAUCUAUGGUGGAAGUAAAAGAAAUGGAAGCCGCCCACGUCACUUCGGCAAAAGCAGUGGUGCUGUUGCACGACACAUCCUUCAACAGCUCGAGGAAACCAAAAUUGUUGAGAUUGAUCCCAGAGGUGGGAGGAAAAUCACAUCCAGUGGGCAGAGAGAUCUUGACCAAGUUGCUGGACACAUCACUGAUGCUGCUCUUUGAGAAGUGAAUUUGAGGAUUGUACUUUGAGCACUGUCUGAGGAUAUGAUGGUAGCAUAUUCGAUUAAUUUAGGGUUUUUGUUUUACUUGGUUAAGAACAAGUGAUGAACUGAAUAUGUGUUCACCAAUUUUGUUUUUCUGAUGGAUGAAUUUUAGCAUUGGUUUAUAUACCCUCGUGUGUCUGCUUGGAACACAAGUUGGAUGGAUAGUUUGUUAUGGACCUUUUUAUUGUGCUGUGUGCUUGAUGUGUUCAUUUCGGAUA